AUGCAUUUCCAUUUUUGCUUCCCUACUUUUGAAACGUUCACCAGGGGAGAUUCCUACCUAACGAUGUGUUUCAAGGAGGAAGAAAAAUGUGACACCGAGAGGUAUAUUAAGGACCUUACUUACCUCGGAAUAAGAGUUAGCUCGAAGGAAAACAAAAUAAACUACUACAACUGUUUUGAUGUUAAUUUGAAGGUGUAUUUGGAGGAAUGUCUUUUGGCUGAUGUAAAAUAUAAUAUUUCCAAGGAGGAUGAUUACACGUCUGCUUUUUUUCCUGUGUGGCCGCACAACCCUGAUUUCUUUGGGUACCAAAUUGGGGGGAACAUAAAAAAGGAGUUCAACAAAAUUAGGAAAAGCAUUGCAAUGAAAGAGAGAGGGGAAGUGGAAAAAAAAUCGAUAGGAGUUGUCCUUAACAAAAUGAAUAGUAAAGAGGCAAGGUGUGGUGAAUACGGCACCAAUUAUGCAAUACGCGAAAAAAAAAAAAAAAAGUUCCUUGUUGCUAACCUGUACAAUGGGUUCAGUAGUGUUAAGAACAAUCCAUAUAGGAGAGACAGCCAAGAGUGGAAAGAAGAAAAGAUUCGAAAUGUCGAUCAUAUGAAAAUAAAGGAUUGCUGUUUUGUGUUAAGUGUAAAAAUAUAUCCUAUGCGCACACUAGCAUUGUACAUUCUGUAUAAUGCCUUAUAUCAGGAUAACAACGCAAAGCUUGUGGAGCUGUACUCUAGUAGCUUAAACAAAGAAACGAAGGAAUGGUUACUCCUCUUUCUUCUUCCCCACUUUGUAAACAAAUGCAUACAUAAAGUUACAUACCCCCUAAAAUUGACAAAAAAUAUUUUCUCCGAAUCGAAUGAAUUUUAUGAAGACUUUUUCUCCAAUGAAUAUUUAAAAAUUAAUGACAUAGAGAAAAUUAUUAUAUAUACAAAAAAUAACAGCGAUGACGACAUGGAAAUAUGUCCCUUUUCCUUUUGUUAUUUGUGGUUGAAAUCUACCAAGCACAGAAUUGAUAAGUGGAUUAGCUCCAAAAUCAAUGAGGUUCUUUUUACAUUUCCCUUUGCGAAUUUUUUACUGAGUAAAUAUUUUUCUAAUUUUAUUUUAUUCAUUCAGUUGUUUCAUACGUGCUUGGAUAUAGAUCACAUGUAUCUGUGUAAAUCGCACUUUUACGUUUCUCUCAAGCAUAAUUUGUCCUUUCUACACGAGUCGCUUGUUAACGUUUUGUUUUCCCCGCCACAGGGGUGGUAA